AUGAAUCAGACAGUUUUAAAUGUAUCUGAUCUGACAAUAUCGGCCAAUAUUACAACUGUUAGUGCUUCCUUGUCACUUUUAGGAGGAUUAAUAAUAAUUUGGUCGUACAGAUGUAUCCCUGCAACACGAAAUCAAGUUCGUGCCAUGUUAGUGGCUCUUACUGUUGCCGAUAUGAUGACUGCUUUUGGCCAAGAAAUAGCCGGAGUAAGAUGGUACAACCUUGGUAUGAACAACUCCACAACAUCGGACACUUUAUGCGAAGUUCAAAGUUUUUUGACAACAUUUUCAUGUAUGGCAUCAUUCUUUUGGACAACAUUUAUAGCGCUUUACCUAUUCAUAUGUGUUUGGUAUUCGACAGAUCUACUUUUGUCUAGAUCGCAACGUUUCCUGUUGCAAUGUAUUGCAUGGGGAAUCCCAGGAAUUAUAACAUCAACAGCAUUGGCUUAUGGAGUUCUCGGAAAUAAUGGUUUUGCUUUAAAUGGAGUUUGGUGUUGGCUUAAUAAAACAUCUAAAGACAAAUACGGAAUCCUUUGGAUGUUACUAACAGGAAAAGGCUGGGAAAUACUUACUUACCUGAUUACAGCUUCAUUAUAUAUUUUACUAAAAAUAAGAACAUUCCUGAAGAGAAGACGCCACAAUUCUUAUCUAUGGAAUCAAGCCAGCAAUGGGUUGCGGAGAGAGGACGAACUUUUUUGUUUUACUUGGUUGAUCCUUUAUUGUCUCAGGUUUUGGGGGACUGUCAGAUUUUUUAUUAAUAUUAUUGACAAUGGCAGUCAUCCAAAAAGCUUUUAUUUUGAAAAUUUUAAAUUGGUAUUACUGUUUCUACAAUCCUAUGGAGAUAGUGCGCAAGCUUUCUGGAAUUUCAUUUUAUUUUGUGUCUGUGAUAAUACUGUUCGUUCUUUUAGUUUGAACAAUUGUCUUUCUUUUUCACAUAAUGAAAUGGCCUAUUCUGAUAUUCGUUCCCAUACUGAGGAAGGGUUAGAUACAAAUUUACAACACGCCAAUGAGCAAAGCCCUCUGUUACAUUAG